AUGUGGCGUCAGCUUUUGUCGUGCUGGAAGGUGAUGGAGUAAGGAACUUCUGGCCUAAUGGACGGGUGUUGAGGGAUGGUGUACGUUAUGUGGGCCAAUAGGAAAUGUGUAAAAAUUGGCACUAGUCAUUUCUAAUGCAUGGAGGUGGUGGGAUAAGGAACGUAUGACCCAGUGGAAGACUCCACAGGCACGGUGUAUCGUGUAGCCUAUAGAAAAUGUGUAAAGUCUGACUCGUUUACAGUGUUGAAAUGUUUUGAGUUGCUGUUGGUUUUGAAGUAUUGUUCCUUAUGAGUUUUAACCCAUGUCCUUCCAGCUCAAAACCAUUCUUGUAUUUUCUUGUAACUUCACAUUGUAUUCCCAAAUAUUACGGCGUCUCUCGAAUAACAGCUCGAGUGGAAAAAGACGCGUUGUCAAAGGUGUCUUCGUGUUUUCAGUGAUACUUCCGACACCCAACCUCCAUCAUAAUACAAAAAAAAAAUACUGUUUUUGUACUAUCACAAGCAAUGGUAAUAAAGCCAAACACAAAUGUAGACUCUGAUGUUUAUAAUACCAGUGGAAGUGAGAAAUCUUUCUAUCAUCUCGGUAGAAAAACUCAACUAACCUGGAAACACAAACAGUUGUCUUGGCUAUGAGUCACGUCACGAAUAAUAGAAUCUUGAACUUAGACGCUAUUGAUUACUUCCAAAAUCUGCCGUGAGAUCAAACCCUUUGUUCUGCUAGAUAAAGAAGAUGGGGCAGUCUUCUGUGAGCAAGCCCCUAAAUCCUGUACUGGGUGAGAUAGAAGAAGGAGCAGAUGCAUUAACACUUCUUACCUCCAGAGAAGAAUACAGCACCUCCAUUACCAUGAUGAUUCCCUCCUCUGUUCCUCAUCCUCGCACCAUAGCGAGUUCUAGGAGGAGGAAGAGGACUCACAAAAUAAAUUCGACAAGGGAGGAGGAAAAUGAAGAUGAGGAAGAGGAUUGUGUCGGAUCUCGCGCCAGUUUGUGUCAAUUCUCUCCGAAAAACCUUGGAAUGGAGGAGCAGCAGCUGUCUGACGUGUUUUACUCAGCCCUCCACCUCCACUCGACCCCGGACCCUUUACUGCAGCAGGCAGCGAGGAGGGCGUCGGCAGCAGUGAUUGAAACAGGUUUGGAGGGAGCAGCCACUCAGGACACUCCCACUAUGGAUGAACUGCAGAAGGAGCUGAAGGAUUUGUUUGAGGUGGACGAGGCUACCAUGGUGCAGAUCAAAGAACAAGCGCAGAAGAAAGAUUCCCCACACAUCACUCUACACGUCAGCGUGCAUGAGGCGACGGAUCUGAAGCCCAAGACGCCCAGAGAGACUAGUCAUCCCUACUGCAUUGUGCGGGUGUCAGGGAGCAAUGAGACCUUCAAGACACGGGUACUGACUGACACACUGGCCCCAGUGUGGGAGUCACAGUUCUCCAUGUGGAUCCCAGCACGGCAGGACGCCAAGAUUGCAGUAGAAGUGUGGCAUGACCCGCAGGAAGGAGGGGUGGAGCACUUCAGUGUGAGGGACAUCAGGGAGCUGAGUCGCCUGGUCCGUGGUGCAACUUCCAAAGAGAUGAGGAACUUGCUGGGAUCUGUAAUUUUGCCCCUCGCUGAUAUGAAGGAACAGAGCACUGAGGGCUGGUAUCACCUUAGCAAGAGUCGAGAAGAGGAGUGCAAUCAAAUGUCAUCCAGGGAAAGCUUCAAGGCAAACAAGAAGAGAGGGAGUGUGCGCUUAACUCUAAGAGUGGCAACUGUAGCACAGUUGAAUUUGAUUGGUCCCCAUUGGUUUGAAAACUUCCUGAGCCGAGUGAUCCAGCACCGCCUUGGUUAUCUCAGCACCUUCAGCAACUUUCGGCGAGGAAGAACCAGGACUGAGCGGACCUUUCGCAGCCUCAGAAGUACUAGUAAAAGUACAAAAAAUAAUAGUAAUGUUCUUAAAAGUAGCAGGAGCUGCAUUGUCAGCAACAACUCUGUCAGUGAUGGGAGUAAUAUUGACAGUGAGGGAAUGGUGAGCUUCUCUCCUCCUUGGAAAGGCACCCUGAGUAGCACUAAGGUCUGUCUUCUGGAGCACUAUGCCAUCACACUCAACCUGACUCCUCCCAUCAUUGCCUUCUCCUGGUGGAAGGUGUGCUCUAGAUUGGUUGCUGUUGAGCAAGCCUUCCUUGGCUCCCUCUUGAAGACCUUGCAAGGUUACCUCAGUGAAGGACGGUACUCACAGGCUGAAACUGAGGAUAUUGAGAGUUCUCUCAGGCAGUGGGUAGAAACUGAAACUGACAAGUUGAGAAAUCUCACCACACAUUUCCCUGCCUACUCCAAGAUUGUGUCCUAUGCUCAGCUCCAAGGCAUUAUAAGAAAUUUCAAUGCAGUUAUGAAUGACUGUAACAUGAAAGAGAUGAAUAUAUUUCCUAGUAGCUCUUCAAUCAACCAGCUCAUCUCAGAUUCUUUGAUGGAAUUCUCAAGAAUUUGGUGGGAGUCAUGCCUCAAGAGUAAAGGACGCAACUCUCACACAGCAACGGAGGACCAGCAGUUGAUGUUUGCUGUCAGUGUGGCUGGUGAAGUGUACACAUUCCUGGCUGAAGUGUGCAACUUCUAUCAUGAUGUGUUUUACAGGGAGGCAAGUAUAUCCUUUCUGAAACUGACCUACACACUACUGACAACAGAGCUUGGUGCCAGAGUGCGGACUCUCCUCCACCAGAUAUACAGUUCCUCAGUUAAGAAGAAACUUGCCCGUGCCUCAGGCCACUGUGAAGCUGACAGAUACUCCCUGGAGCCUGGCACUCCUGUAUGGCAACUCUAUAAAAAGUUUGAAAUCAUUGAAAAGAUUGGGGAGAAUCUUCCCAGUGAGGUCCAGCAACAAUCUGGUCUCCAGAGUUACCAGCAGUGGUUUCUUGGUGGCAUUGAGAGGUGGAUGGAACGAGUCUUUGCUAGAACUAAGGCACUCAUCACCAAAGAUAUUGAGAAAGAUGAUUUGGGGAUGAAUUCCACAGGAGUUAGUCCUUCUGCUGUGGAAACAAAAUCAAAUUUUAAAAUUAUAAAAAGCUCUUGGCAAAAACUGUCAUGGCCUGAAGAAGUGGAAGUGGACCGAGUCAUGAACCCACUCCUCCAUAACUUGUGUGGACUGGGCACUCACUUUGUAAGACUGAUGAUUACAAAGCUGGAAUCAAGGCAUGAAGAAGAUACAUCAAGAGACCUGAGUUUUUUGUCACCACAGAGCUGUUCUGGACUGAACAACAUUCAGUAUUUGAGGAAGGAAAUUGAAGCUGUUCCAGAAUUCUUUGAUCUGACCCAUAGUGAUAAAGGAGGCAAUAAUUUCUCAGUGGUCACCAAAACCUCAUCAAAAAUGGAAGAAUCAGUGUCUUUGUUUAUGGACAAUGCUGUUGCAAAAGUGAGACCAACUUUGUCCCGGGCAGUGGAGGCGUCAUGUGAUAUGGGGAGUGAGUACCACCUGGUGCAUGAUGUCCUGGACAAGGAAUUUUGUGUUCUAAGGCAGAGGUUGGAUGACACAAACUUUAAGAGCUUUAUUUUGAAGAUUUGGAAUGCUCUCAUUGUUAUCUUCACUGAAACUGUAGAGAAAAAUGCCACUAGUCAUAGUGCUGAGUACUUCAAGGGUGUCUUCAUAGUGCUGGAACGCUGCUGGUUCUUUUUCACUCCUAUAGAUCACACUGGACUGGAGCCACAGUGUGCCUGCACUUCUGAGUACCUGUCCCUUAAGAAGACUCUCUCCAACCUCAAGCUGCCAACAGAAGCCCUCAUUGCCAAGUAUUACCAGGAGCGCCAUGAGGAGCUCCUGCAAACACACUCCUGCACUGCUGAGCUGGUAGUGAGGGUCAGUGAUGUUCUGUGUGGCAUCAGCUGCUCCAGUAUAUACUCGUACACAUAUGCUGGUAAUGCCAUCAAGAGGACCAUCAUGCAUGGCUCUCUCUUUGAAGUCAAGAGGUGCCAGGAUCAAGUAUCAGAUGUCAGCAAAAUACCAAAUGAUGCUUAAAAGUUGUCAGUGUGAUACAGGCUUUAAAUUUUUUUUAUCAUUUUUUUUCAUUUUCUUUUGUGGUUAUUUGUAAAGUUGUAUUUACCUAGUUGCAUUUAUGUAGUUGUAAUGUAUGGGAGGGGAGCUAUGCUUGUGCUGUCCCAUCUUUGUAUCUUGUGGUGUCUAACAUGACCUUAAAUUCAUGUAUCAUCUCUGCACAUACUACUCUCUCAUCCAGUCCAUUCCAUACAUCUAUUACUCUGUGGGGAAAGCUGUUCAUUUUCAUAUUCCUUCUGUAUCUUUUUUAAUCUUACUUGCAUGUCUUCUUAUAUCUCUCAUGUCCACCUUUUUAGGUCUUCUCUAUCCACCACUCUUUUUCUUGACCUAAACCUUCCAAACCUUGCUUUAACACUAUCUCAAUCAUGCUAUACAUGAUAGAGAGGUGGCCCACAAAAGCUACUUAAGCCUUCCAUCACUAGAAUCUCAUGCACUUUAUAUUUCUGCCCAGAACCAUGCCAUGUCUGUUCUCUAUCUAGCCAAAAGCUCUUUCAUUAAUAGAAAGUAUCAAAAUCUUUCAAGAUCCAACUCCCCUCGUGGCUUCUGUCAUCUAGCCCAAAAUAUCUCCAAUAACAUUUUUUCUUCUUUCCCUCCUUUAUUUCAGCCAGAUGUCACCACUGCUAUCACAUCAAUCUCUAAAGCAGAACUCUUCACUCAAACCUUUGCUAAAAACUCUACCUUGGAUGAUUCAAGCCUUGUUCCUCCCUCUCCUCCACCCUCUGACUACUUCAUGCCACCUAUUAAAAUUCUUCACAAUGAUGUUUUCAUUGCCCUUGUUGGCCUAAAAUUCUCGGAAGGCUUAUGGACUUGAUGGGGUCCUUCCUAUUGUUCUCCGAAACUGCACCUCCGUGCUUGCACCUUGCUUAAUCAAAUUCUUUUAACCGUUUGUCAACAUCUACCUUUCCUUCCUGCUGGAAAUUUGCCUUCAUUCAGCCUGUUUCUAAAAAGGGUGACUGUUCUAAUAAAGUCCUAUUGCUUUAAUUUCUUGCCUAUCUAAAGUUUUUGAAUCCAUCCUCAGCAGGAAGAUUCUUAAACAUCUAUCACUUCAUAACCAUCUAUUUGAUCACCAGUAUGGCUUCUGUCAAGGCCACUCUACUGGUGAUCUUCUGACUUUCCUUACUGACUCUUGGUCAUCCUCUUUUAGAGAUUUUGGUGAAACUUUUCCUGUUGUUUUAGACAUAUGAAAAGCUUUUGAUAGAGUCUGGCACAAAGCUUUGAUUUCUAAACUACCCUCCUACAGCUUCUAUCCUCUCUAUAACUUCAUCUCAAGUUUCAUUUCUGACCAUUCUAUUGCUGCUGUGGUAGAUGGUCACUGUUCUAAAUCUAUUAACAGUGGUGUUCCUCAGGGUUCUGUUUUGUCACCCACUCUCUUCCUAUUAUUCAUCAAUGAUCUUCUAAACCAGACUUCUUGUCCUAUCCACUCCUACACUGAUGAUACCACCCUGCACUUUUCCACAUCUUUUCACAGAUGUCCAACCGUUCAGGAAGUAAAUAGUUCACACAGGGAAGCGACAGAAUGCUUGACUUCUGAUCUCUCUAAAAUUUCUGAUUGGGGCAGAGCAAACUUGGUAUUGUUCAAUGCCUCAAAAACUCAAUUCCUCCAUCUAUCAACUUGAUACAACCUUUCAGACAACUACUUCUUCAAUGGCACUCAACUGUCCCCUCUUCUACACUGAACAUCCUUAGUCUGUCCUUUUCUUAUAAUCUAAACUGGAAACUUCACAUCUCAUCUCUAGCUAAAACAGCUUCUAUGAAGCUAGGCUUUCUGAGACGUCUCUCCCAGUUUUUCUCACGCUCCCAGCUGCUAACUCUGUACAAGGGCCUUAUCCAUCCAUGUAUGGAGUAUGCUUCACAUGUCUGGGGAGGCUUCACUCAUACCACUCUUAGACAGGGUGGAAAGUUUUUUUGUCUCAUCAACUCCUGUUCUCUGACUGUCUUCAGCCUUUUUCUUAUGACUGCAAUGUUGCAUCUCUAGCUAUCUUUCCACUAUUUUCAUGCUAAUUGCUCUUCUGAUCUUGCUAACUGCAUACCUCCUCUCCUCCUGUGGCCUCACUGCACAAGACUUUCUUCUUUCUCUCCCCUAUUCUGUCCACCUCUCUAAUGCAAGAGUUAAACAGUAUUCUCAGUCAUUCAUCCCUUUCUCUGAUAAACUCCUGCCUGCUUUUGUAUUUCCAACUUCCUAUAACUUGAACUCCUUCUAGAGGGAGGUUUCAAGACACUGACUGUCUUCAGCCUCUCUCUCACCGCCGCAAUGUUGCACAUCUAGCUGUCUUCUACCGCUAUUUUCAUGCUAACUGCUCUUCUGAUCUUGCUAACUGCAUGCCUCCCGUCCUUCCGCGGCCUCGCUGCACAAGACUUUCUUCUUUCUCUCACCCCUAUUCUGUCCACCUCUCUAAUGCAAGAGUUAACCAGUAUUCUCAAUCAUUCAUCCCUUUCUCUGGUAAACUCUGGAACUCCCUGCCUGCUUCUGUAUUUCCACCUUCCUAUGACUUGAAUUCCUUCAAGAGGGAGGUUUCAAGACACUUAUUCAUCAAUUUUUGACCACUGCUUUGACCCUUUUAUGGGACUGGCAUUUCAGUGGGCAUUUUUUUUAUUAGAUUUUUGUUGCCCUUGGCCAGUGUCCUUCCUACAUAAAAAAAAAAAACUUAUCCUUCAAUUUUUGACUACUGCUUCAGACUCUAUUCAGGGACUGGCAAUUAGAGACGUCGCAGUGAGGCUGGUAGAUACCUAUCAGCGCCAGCAUUUUUAAUUGUCUCCGAUUUCGUGGGGCAAAGGGGUGACUUAGCUAAAUUUGAAAUCGAUGUGCAGGAAAAGUACAGCAUGAAUUGCUGCACAAGUGUAUCUAAAAUUAAAAACAUAACCCUUAAUAUUAAUAUUCAUACUUACUGGUGUAUGGUAAGGCUUUGUUAAUUGAAUUAUAAGAUAAAACUAAAAAUAGGUAAUGAAUUUUUUUUUAAGUAAGUAUAAACAGUAAAAAUAAAAGGAUGUUGACUUUGGCUUGUGCAUUUUAUCUGGGAAUGUUGAAAAAUAUCAGAUAUCACUGACACGUCCUGUAUAUGAAAGUAAUCAGUGAAAUAAAAAAAGAACAGCACCGCUGGCGGACGUACGACGUACUUAUCUUGAUCAUGAUUCUUCAGUUAAAGAAAGCGCCGCGCGCCGUUAGGGAGUGUAAAGUGUAAACAAUAGCCUCUCAGUUCUGCCGAUACAAAGGCCUUUACUUUGCUUUACUAUAUCCAGAAUAGGGUAUAGCUCGUUCUUUCAAGAAUUUUCUUAAUUCCGCUGUAGUCCAUGAUUGUGGCGGUGAUGUAUCCAUUGUGCAGGGUAGUCGAGUGUCUGUGUUUUGGUUUGCUCGCUGCCCAAGUACCCGAGGAUAGUGAUCGUACCGCAAAAAUAAAGUCUCUGAUACAAAAUUAUAUUUUCUUUACAUUAAAUGGAUUUGCCUGUUGUUUAGUACAUGAAAAUGCAAGUAUAUAUUAGUAUACUUCCAUUGAGGUCAGUAGAAAAUUACAGAUUGCCUGCCUUGAUACACUUAUAGGCUCUUUUAAGAAUAUUAUCUGAAAUUAUGAAUAGAGGCUCAAACAAUGUCAUGUGCUGUCAGUUAUCACGAAAUUAAUUGACUUAAAAUUCAGACACAUUACUGUGCAACGAUACACCUUUGUAAGCUUGUAAAACCUCGCCCCAAAAAGUAUUUAUUUUCCGGCGAGAAUUAAAAAUUCUGGCGCUAUCUGGUAUCAAAACGCUCACUGCGACGUCUCUAAUUCAGUGGGCUUUUUUUUUUUUUAUUUAUGUUUUUUUGUUGCCCUUGGCCAUUGUCCUUCCUACAUAAAAAAAAAUCAUGAUUCUAUAAAUUACUAUUAAGUCUCAUCUUUUCCUUCUGUUCCAGCAUUGUUAAUUCCAGUUUUGAUGGCUUUUUCUCAUACAUUUCUGACAAGCUUGGAUCCAAUUUUUUCAUUGCUCUUUGAAUCCUUUCAAGUUUCCUGAUGCUUCUUUUUGUGCUUGGUGACAACAUUGCUACUGCAUAUUCCAAUCUUGGCCUUAUCAGAGAGAUGAUCAGUUUCUUUACCAUUUCUUCAUCCUUGUGAGUAAAUGCCCACUUACAUCCUAUUUUUCAAUAGGAUGUAAGUCUCUCCAACAAUUUUAUUUGCAGCUUCUCAGGUGUCAUGUUGUCUGAUAUGAAUACUCCCAGAUCUCUUUCUGAUUUUGAUUGCAUUAUGAUCUCUCCUCCAAGUUUAUGUUGCCUUGAAAUCCUCUGCUUGCUCUUUCCAAACUCCAUUACACUGCAUUUCUUGAUAUUGAACUCCAUUUCCCAUUUGCAGGUCCAUUCCCAAACUUUAUCAAGGUCUUGCUGCAACAUUUCACAGUCACCCUUGUUACUCACUCUUAUUAAUAGUUUAGCUUUGUCAGCAAAGAGACUUGUAUAACUAUUAAUUCCUUCAUCUAUGCUAUUAAUAUAUACUGCAAACAUAAAUGGGGCUAAUACUGGUCCCUGUGGGACUCCACUGAUAACUUCCUUCCAGGGAGAACACUUGUCUCUAAUUAUCACUCUCAUUUCCCUGUCUUUCAGAAACUCACUCAUCCAAUCCAGCAGCUUUCUUUGCACUCCUCUUAUGAUAUCUAGUUUCCUUAGCAGUCUUUUGUGUGUCACUUUAUCAAAAACCUUCUUUAAAUUGAGGAAUACACAGCCCAUCCAUCCCUUUUUUGAAUUAUAUCUAUUAUUCUAGAGUAGAAAUAUAUCAGAUUUGUGGUAUAUGAUUUAUUUUUUCUAAAUCUAAAUUGUCUUGUGGUCAGUGUGCUGUUCACUUCCAGGUGUUUAGUCCAUCUGUCUUUAAUAACUUUUCACAAAUCUUGGCCACCACACUUGUUAGGGAUACUGGGUCUUCUUUGUCACCUUUAUACAUAUAUAUUGGUACAAUAUUUGCUUUUUUCUGGUCUCUUGGGACUUUUCUUCCUUUAGUAAACUCUUUAUAAUGCUAUGUAUUUUAUCUGCCAGCUCCUUGCUACAUUCUUUUAAUAUUCAGUUUGCAAUUCUGUCUGGUCCAUGUGACUUCCUCAUGUCCAACUCUCCCAUUAACUUUUUAAUUUUACAGACUGUGACCUCUAUAUCCCCCCAUAGGAACUGAUCUUUCUUGCUCCUGUCCUUUCUCAUCCAAGUCACUCUCCCUUUUAAAGACUGCUUGGAAGUGCACAUACAUAAUCUCAGCCAUUUUCAAAUCGCCCUCAUACUCCAGUUCAUCUCUGCAUAAUUUAUUUAUUUCUUAUUUAUUUUCCAAUUUGCCAUUCACAUAUCUAUUGAAGAGUUUUGGUUGAUUUUUACAAUUGUCAGUUAUGUUCUUUUGUUCUUCCCUAUAUAUUUCCAUAUAUUAAUUUCUUACACUUGUAUAUUCCAACCACCUCUUCAGAUGUCUCCUUCUCCUCCAUCUCUUCCAUGCUCUGUCUCUUCUAUCCUUUGCCACAUCACACCUCCUGUUUAAAUACUCUUUAAUUUUGGUCUCUUGUUUUAAUUUGGUACAUGUUGUUGCACUCCCAGUUUAUAGAUUUCCAACAGGAGCUUCCACUUGUGCUCUACACCCAUUUCUGAUAUGAAAAGUUGCUUCAUUCUGUCUAUAUGAAAUAUUUUCUGAGUUCUUCAAAGUCUGUUUUGCUAUAAACUAAUCUCCCUUCCUUGUGCUCUUGUUUUUUAAAAAUGAUACAUCUUUCAGUUCCACUUCAAUCAGAAUGUGGUCACUCUUGCCAGUAGGGUGAUUGCAUGUAACUUCUGUGACUAUCUUGGGCUCCUUGGUGAAGAUUAGGUCAAGUUGGGAUGGUUGACCAUUAUUGCUUUAUCUGGUGUUUUACUGAACCCAGUGUCAUUGUGUUCUCCAUAAUCAUGUGUACAUCAGUAAAGCUCAAUUUUUUUGCUGCAUUCUUCAUCACAUUCCUUUUUU